ACUGCGGAAAUCACUAGAGCAUCAGAACAUGGUCGCCUAUAUAGAACCUAAAAUAGUCUCGUACGCGGCCCAGAAGGAUCAGCUGCAACUUGCUCUACACAACACAGUGGAAAUGGAGAAAAGAAGAACGAAAAUGCUGACGUGGUUUACGGCGUUCCUCCUGGUUGUGGCUUCUCUCCCACAGGAGGCGUGUUCUCAGCUUAUGAUGGACAUGCUCAUGCCUAUGCCCAUGGCCAUGCCAGUGCCCAUGCCACCGCCCUACGGUAUGGGCUACAACCCGCUCUUGCUGCCAGAAAUCGGCAUGGGCGCGUAUCCUGGGAUGCUCCCCGGAAUGGCAUAUCCCACGCUCGGCCUCGACCUUUGGCGCAAGAAGAAGCGUUAGUGCCAUGCCUGGAACUUUCAUCAAGUGCUGAUUACACGCAGUGACUUCUGAAAUUAUGUGCUACAUUAUUUCCAUGUACUCGUAAGCUCCCUCUACCAAAACGCUUUAGAGGUCAUCAAAUUUUAGCAAUGCACGACUAAUUGUUAGAGAGGUUCACAACUGUUAAACAUAUUUGUCCUGUGCCCCAUAUGCAAAUACAGCUAUGACUGACAUCGCAAAAAAUCUACUUUAGUAGGUCACCGAAAACUCUAAGUGAUAAGUUGACUUUCACGCAGCUUAUCACUACAAAGCAGUCUAACACACUUUCCAUUUGAGAAUCAUAUGCCCGUUUUUAUUACGAACUGGGCCGUCAUUGGAGAUACAAAUUUGUCUAUUCGUUAAUAUCAAUUGCUAUAAAGAUCGAUCUUCGAAGAAAUGCGCUUGUUGCCCCAAAUUUCAGCUGUAAAAGUUCUGCUUGAACUCAUCAACAAGGACGUCCACAGAAAAAUAUCCAAGUGAGUGUAGGUGAAGAUUCUACAUUGUCAUUUUGCAUAUGCUCCAAUCACCGAAUUUGGAGAUACUUCAUGCCUCAAGAUCUCAAUUUCGCCUCAAAUACAGAAAAUGCUUUACAUUCUGAAGUAGUAGUGGUGACGCAAUUAACAUUUCUUUUGCACGUUAUUAUUACAUCUAAAAGGCAAACGUUAUUAGCGUAUAGACACACUAAGGGAUACGUCUUCUUAAUAUCAUUAUUG